CAAAAUUACCUGAUAACGAUAUAGAAACUAUUAUUGAGAGUUCCGACGAUUGUAACAUUGAAAUUCGUGAUGCAUCAGAAGCAGAAGUUCAGCAAAUAACAUUAAAACAGAUUAUUGCUUUGGUGGAUUUAAUUAACAUCACUGAAAUAUGGUCUAUAAUUGUUAACAACACUACAGCCAUAAAACAUUACAUUGUCUUAUUGAAGAAUAAUUCUCAUAUUUGUUCAUGUCUUUCUACUAUUCAGCAAGGUGUUGUUUGUAGGCAUUAUUUUCAAGUAAUGCUUACAACGAGUAAUGCUAAAUUUCAUAUUCGCCUUAUUCCUUCUCGCUGGUAUUAUAAAGAUCUAGAUGGAAGUAAUGAACCUUUUUUUACUGCAGAUAAAUUUUGCAAAGAAAAUGAUGGAAUUAUACAAGAAUCACCUGUUCAUAUUGAUUAUCUAUGUGCAUAUGGUCAAGAUAAAGAUUUUCUUGAAGAAGGUCUUAAUACAUAUCAGCAAAGGUUGGUUUAUGGAGAAUUACAUGGAAUGUACAAGAAAGCUCUUCAUAAAGCACUUCAAAACAAGUCGAGUUCACAACAACUUAUUGACCUAUUGAAAGAAUUUACAGAAGAAACUGAUGAACCAUCUGAAGAUGAAAACUUUAGUGAUAAAGAAAAUCAGGAGCAUGUGCUUCACAAUCCCAAGAAAAGACGUGGAAAAGGUCGACCAUUAGGUACUAAACGGUUCAAAUCAUCACAAGAAACUGCGCUGUAACGCCAUUGCGUCAAAUUAUAAAAUUCUUUUAAAAUAAUUGUAUAAUUGUUUUAAAAGCCAUUAUAUCUAGGUCUCUGAAAGUUGUGAUACUGAUCCAUAAUAUAAAGUAAUAUAUUUUUUUUUUUU